UUGACAGCUACAGCUGAUCCGGAAAGCAAGUUAUUUCUCGAGGCCCAAAACACUCUAAAAGAAGGAAUUUCUCGUCAAAGAAGCGAAACAAAUGACAUAAAAAUGGCGAAUGCUGUAACAAGUUUCAUAGAUUCCCUGAUGGAAUUGCUGAGCUUAACCUCACAGAUGAUGUCUCUGGCAGUUCGCGUUUGGUCUCUAGGGAUCACACUCAUUCUGCAGCUAUUAGUGCUUCUUGUUGCUCUACUCUGCAUUUGCUGGGGCCUUCUGAAAUGUUGUGUGUACACCCUGCGGCGAGGAGAACCAGGCUAUCUGCACGUUGCAUUCUUUCACCCCUAUUGCAAUGCUGGGGGAGGGGGUGAGAGGGUGCUGUGGUGUGCCAUAAGGUCAAUACAGAGGAAGUACCAGCAUGUGAAGUGUUAUGUCUAUACAGGGGACAUAGAUGUAACUCCACAGGAAAUCUUACAGAAAGCACAGCAGAGAUUUGGUGUAGUCCUGCCACGACCAGUGGAAUUCAUCUUCCUGCAGAGUCGGACAGUUGUGGAAGCAAGACACUAUCCAUUUCUGACUCUUCUGAUGCAGAGUGUUGGAUCAGUGAUGCUUGGUGGUGAAGCCCUGUUGAAAUUCAGGCCAGAUGUGUACUUUGACACUAUGGGUUAUGCUUUUACAUAUCCACUCUUUCGUUAUGUUGGUGGCUGUGUUGUUGCCUCUUACACACAUUACCCAACAAUCAGCACAGAUAUGUUAGGCCAGGUUGCAAACAGGGUUGAAGCUCACAAUAACAGAGGGUUCAUUGCAAGGAACACAAUAUUCAGUGCCAUGAAACUGGGAUAUUAUCAUCUCUUUGCCCUGAUGUAUGCACUAGUUGGCCGUUGUGCUCACCUUGUAAUGGUCAACUCUACGUGGACGCAUGGUCACAUCACAGCUCUCUGGGGUCAGGCCCAUCAUACACACAUUAUAUACCCACCAUGUGAUACAGAACAUUUCAAAAGUUUGUCACUGAUUCCUGAUGCCAGCAAGAAGCUGAAAACCAUUGUUUCCAUUGGCCAGUUUCGACCUGAGAAAGACCAUCCACUUCAGCUCGAAUCUUUCCAGAAACUUUGUGAAACUUUAGAUCCAGCCGAUCGGGAGCAUGUACGUCUUGUUCUAAUAGGCGGAUGUAGGAAUAAUGAGGAUCAGCAGCGAGUGGAAAAUCUAAAGACCCUUGCUUCAGAUCUGGGAGUUGCAGACAAAAUAGUUUGGAAGCUGAAUGCAUCCUUUUCAGAGCUCCUAGAGGCUGUACAGACAGGGACCAUAGGCUUGCACACCAUGUGGAAUGAGCAUUUUGGGAUUUGUGUAGUUGAGUGCAUGGCAGGUGGGUUGAUCAUGGUAGCACAUGAUUCUGGUGGACCAAAAAUGGAUAUUCUACUGGACUAUGAAGGCCAGAAGACAGGCUAUACUGCAUCAGAAGCAGAGACGUAUGGGCAAGUGAUGAAAGGCAUUUUAGAAGCUAGUGAUGCAGAAAGGGAAGCUAUACGCACUGCAGCUAGAAGUUCGGUUGACAGAUUUAGUGAUGAGCAGUUUGAAACGUCUUUCAUUAGUGCCAGUGAAUUUAUUUUCUCAUCAACUGGUGUACGUCAAUAAGAGAUUUUUGUGUACUGUAAGCUUUUGUAUGUGUAAUUUAUAUGUUGAAAAUUUCAGUGCUGUUGGAUUUUUAUACUUGUUGAGGAUUUGUCAGGCUGUCUCAUUACCUUAUCAGAAUGCGUGAACAUGUGUUUGGUGUUCUUUUUCACUGAAAAUUCUAUUGCACAUGCUCUCUCUCUUUCUCACACACACACACACACACACACACACACACACACACACACACACACACACACACACACACACACACACACACACACACACACACACACACACACACACAGACUUCAUCCUUUGCACUCUCAUAUGCACAGUCUGUCUAUAAAGUUUCAAUUCUUUCCUCAUAUUAAUCACCAGAAGAAAUUUGCAUUUCCAGAAUUAACCAGUUCAUGCAUCUUUGUAUAUUAGUUAGUUAUUUUUUUAAUAGUUAGAUAGGUGACUGAAAAGGGGCCAAAAAGGAGUUAGAGAAUUGUCGUUUGUAUAAGUAGCUUAAUUCCUUAAUUUAAGAGUCUGGUGUUAAGAGGAGGAUAUGCAAAGAAAGUUUUUUUCUUCUUCAUUUUCUUUUCAGUUUUAAUCUUUCCUAUUGAUCUGCUGUGGAGUUGAUCUCAUUUUUUAUUUUUAUUGAUACUUUUCUAUGUUGGAAAUGAUCUUAUAAUUUGGGUUAUAAUUAAACCAAUUAAACACACACACACACACACACACACACACACACACACACACACACACACACACACACACACACACACACACACACACACACACACUCUCACUCUCACUCUCACUCUCUCUCUCUCUCUCUCUCUCUCUCUCUCUCUCUCUCUCUCUCUCUCUCUCUCUCUCUCACACACACACACACACACACACACACACACACACACACACACACACACACACACACACACACACACACACACACACACACACACAGAGUUACUGUAUGUGCGUCCUUAAAGACAUGCAGUAUAUAAUCAGGUAUAUCUCUCUAUGUAUUUUCUUGCAUAUUGAUUUUCUUCCUAUAAUAUCUUUGUAGUUAUUCAGUUAAGUAUCAAAGACAUAAGAAAGUAAUCAGCAGCAUCGAGUGAUGAGUGUGGCAUGUGAUAUUUUUGACACAGAAAAAUGCUUGCUGUCAUGUAUCAGCAUUGUUAUUAUUAUCAUAUGAAAGCUGUAAAUGGACUACAGCCAUGAAUAAUAUGAAUAUUAUUUUAUUUCAGCAACUUGGUCAUUGUUAUUACUAUAAGUCAUAUUACUGUUGUUGUGAUUACUAUAUUUUUUAUUAUUUAUAUUACAGUGAUCAUAAUGAUGAAAAGAGGAUGAUAAUAAUAAUUAUGAUUAUAAUAAUAAUUAUAAGUAAUAAUUAUUUUGGAUAGGCACUCAGCAUGUUUGUCCAUAAUAAAGGAAAUAAAUUGUU